CACACAGUAUGACAUUAUUGGUAUCCUUAUAAUGGCAUGCCUGGCUAAAUCCCUUGCAAACGAAGCUGCCCUGUAAAACCAGUGAUGAGAAAGACUUUUAAUCUGAAUUUAUUAGACUAACUUUUUGUUUCUAUAUCUGUAUUGCAUAACAGCAUCUGGUGUCUGAAGGACGUUAUAAUAUGCGUUUAAUGGGAUGGGGAGUGCAUGUCACCUAAAGAUUGACAUUAUCCAAAACAGACAAGACCACCCCUAUAUACAUUUACCUGGAUAUUAAAAAAACAAAACCGAAAAAAAGAUCAUUACCCUGUCUUAGUUCGUGUUGUUGAUUGGCCCUAAAAGUAGUGGUAGACGAUGUUGUCCUAUCUAGGGUAAUUAAUGGCACACGUGUAUGUACAGCUAUGGUCAAAGGUUUAUCAUAACACUAUAACAUGAACUAAUUUUGCAUCAUAAAGUCGAAUGAAACCUACUGAAUAAUGUUACGUUAACAUAUUGAAUUACAUACCGCGUUAUAGUUUUCCAUAUACUUAACCAAAAAUUUAAAAAAUGUGACAUUUCGAAAUCGAACACCUUUUACGACUUCCGGUAGACUUUUGCGAUAUCAUUUUGGAUUUUUUCUUUUUUUUUUUUUUUUUGUAAUAAUGCAUGAUGUUAAAUAAAAUACGUAAAUUGUGUUAAUCUAGUUAAUCAAUCCUAAAAUUCUAGGAGACGCAAAACGUUUGGGCAUAGCUGUAUGUCUUAAAUGUUUCAACACCAACUACUAGAUGAACAGCACUGGAAAGGUUUAAAAGCUGUGGCAACUAAAAAAAAAAAAACCAUUGAGGAAUUCUUAAGAAAAGUUCCUGUUUGUCAACUAAGGAUAGUCUAGUCUUAACCCACUUUUCACUGAGUUAACACAGAAAUAAAGAUGAAUGUGGUUUAAAAGUAAUGUUAAAAUAAAAUACGGCAUAUUCGCACCAACAUCUUUGUAAUGCAAACCGUGUGUUCUACAUUUGGGUGCUAUUUAAAAAGCACGACUCGAUCUCAAAGAAAAAGCCGAUCACGACACUGCGUCCAUAUCAAUGGGCAAUUCACAUGAAAUGACUGUCGAAUGUAACUGCAGCUUUAAUUUCCUGAAGUGGUGUUGUUUUAGUUGCCCAUCCUGUAUGUUAACUAACACCAGUCAGUGAGUGCCAGAUUUCACGAACUGGGGUAUAUUUUCUCACAAUAGAAUUGGCUUUUAAAUUGCGGCAGAUUAGCACGUAUCUGUUUAUGUUGCGGUAAGUAGAUGGAUUCUCUUCUGGUGGUCAUUCAUAUUCUGAAUGGCCAGGAAGUGUAUGCUCUGGGAACGCAUCGGGGUAAUUGGAAUUGGAUGGGAGACUUGCAUGCAAUUGAAUAGCCUGCAUUGUAUUAUAGCGAUCAAACUUAAACUUGAAGGAGAAAUACAAUUGGAUACAUUAUGUAAACGCUGCACUGCCACUAACCUUAAAUAAAGAAAAUAGUGGCCUAUUUGUUUGUACAGAUAUUUUAGAAACCUUUUUUAUAUUUAAAUGAAACGUUAACAACGUUUAUUUUGCGUUUUCACCUAUUCACUGCCUUUGGUAUCUAUAAUAAAUAAUUACAUUAGUUUAAUACAAAAUAAAUAAAUGUAAAACAUACUUCACACAGCUAUUUGAAGUGUAAUACAUUUCACACCAUUAAACGUUAGAAUUGUUUUAACUUAAACAAAUAUUAAAUUAUCUAGUUUUGUAAAACGCAUAGCGUUUAGAGCAAAUAAACAAUCAAAAAUAUCCUAGUUGAUUAAAGUCGCUUAUUAGGCUAUAAAAAUAGAAGCCUUCAAGUUUAAAAACCGAAUUUUUUAAUCGUGUUGUCUUCAAUGGGGAUUGUGGGGAUUGUGGUGUUUUAAAGAAUAGUAGAGAACAAGGAUUAUCCGAGCGUUUAAUGGGUUAUAUGAGCGGGAUAGGGAAGAGGGGUAGGCCUAUGCCUUUGUUUUUCUUUUUUCUUUUUUUUACAUUAUAGUUUGCAAUUGAGAUUAACAUGAUGUAGCACUGUGUUUAAAUAAAUAGGCAAGUCCCAGGUUGCUUUGAGGAUUUGUAUAUCUAUUCAUGCGGUUUAAUAAAAAUGCCCAUAAGGUGUUCUUUAAGCCUGUUGCUGCUGUGUCAUUUCCUAUUUCAUUCAGAUGCCGAUUGCUUUGGUUAAUGGGCUAUCUAGCACCUUUUUCUAAUGCAAGCAGGGAGUUCCAAGGCCAUUUUCAUGGCCAAACCACCUGCGAGCUACCUAAACGUAGAAAGCUAAACUGAACAGUUGGGGGUCUAGGGAAAGAAACAGUAACACAGAGUUUUAAACUUAGGCGUGUUGUUAAUAUCCACAACUGUAUCCCGUUGUUUACCUCCCAUUAUUUUGAUCACGAUAAACGUGUAGUGUAACGUUAACCUAAGCUCACACACACAAUGUACUGCAAUGAUAGUGUAGAUGGUAAAUAUUAUGUCUAGAUUACUUUUCCCACAUUCUUACUGAUUUAUUACAUUUUAAUGAAGAUGCUGUUGUUGUUGUGAAUGGAAAAUAAUCUAUUAAUGUUGUUUAAAAAAUAUGUUUACAGCUGAUAGAAUUACAUUUUAAUAGGCUACCAGGCUACAUGCAGACUCGCACACUACUUUAGUUACAUGUGUAACAUGUAAGUUAUGUUGUAGUUAUAGAACAAACGUUAAUGAAACGGUCAUUUUAAAAAGUACGUUGGAUUUGGGUAAUAUUGGUCUCCUUUCUAAAUGAAAUAUGUAAUUAGCAAUGUAACAUUUCCCACCUGAUUGGUAUUAUAUCGAAAAUGACCUUCUAUUUUAAUAUAAAUGGAAAACAUGGAGCACCAUCAUUAGUAUGUGUAUUUAGCACCUCCUAGUUUGUGGCCGGAUGAGUUGGUGUUUCCUUCACGCUGCCCAUUGUCUCUUCUCAUUACCUUUUCGUUUCUGAGUUUACAAUCUGAUAGGCUCUGGACACCUUUGCAGAGGCAAAGACUGAAGACCCACCCCUUAUAAAAACCUGUGCCACGCAAGGACCUGGCAUUCUCUAUUUUGGAAGUGAAAGAACAACUAUAAAAAGACAAUUAUAAGAGGGCGGAGUUUUGGUCCGCUAUUUGGCAUUUGCUAUCGUAUUGGUUUUAUCCAGGAAAGCUGCAAAUCUCCACCACCAUGACCCUGUCAGAAGAUUGUUCCGUUCCUCAAGCAUUCAUGCCUCUUGUGGAGGAUGAAAUUGACAUUAUCGCGGAAGAUGACCUGCACAAUUGCCUGCUUCGGGACGCAUACUUACUCCAACAGAGUUGCGCUGAGGAGAAUGCUUCAGCGGAGUCAAGCGGAGAGUUGGAAGGUUGUGAGAUCGAUUCCUCUGGAGAAAGCGAGAGCAGUUUCAGCGCUGAAAUCCACUCAGGUAGCAGAGUAAAAAACAACUUGGUGAAGCCUCCCUACUCCUACAUCGCUUUGAUAACCAUGGCUAUCCUGCAAAGCCCACAGAAGAAGUUGACACUGAGUGGAAUCUGUGACUUUAUCAGCAACAAAUUCCCUUACUACAAGGAAAAGUUCCCCGCUUGGCAAAACUCAAUCAGGCACAACUUAUCCCUCAAUGACUGCUUCAUAAAGAUUCCAAGGGAACCUGGCAACCCUGGUAAAGGCAACUACUGGUCCUUGGACCCCGCGUCAGAAGACAUGUUUGACAACGGUAGCUUUCUCAGGAGAAGAAAACGAUUUAAGAGGCACCAGCCCGAGUUUGUCAAAGACGGACUUAUGUUUUAUCCUAAUUUUAGUUGUUAUCGACCAUAUGGACGACCAUAUGCUGUACAGAACACCCAAGCACCAGUUCAACAAACUUCAAUGAGAUAUAUGCCAGUUCAAGAAAGAGUCAUGUUGUCGCAUCCUCAAUUGCAGUACCGGGAUUUAAACUGCCGAAAGGUGCCCAGCCCCAGUGGAGCCCACGUGCCGCUGGGUGCGCCCACGUCGGAACUUAAACCGAUCAAUAGCACCCAAACCAAAUGCUCCUUCAGCAUCGACAGUAUAAUAGGCAAGACGUCUCCCUCUUUCGUGCAAACUACUCAUUUGCAGGCGUCCUUGGAUUAUUCCCAUCUCCUGCAAAGAUCUGCGAGUUGCUUGCUUCCCACAAUAUUGUCUCCUGCACCAAGAGCUGUGUUUAACCCCACUGCUACUGUGAUAGGCGCAAUCCCGUCCAGGCACCAGUUACAACUCUCUUACCCGCAUUGCUAAACUGGUGAAAAAAUAACGGAGUGAUUAGCCGAACAAACUUUUCAAACAUAAAAUGUACAAAGUUGCUUCAAAUGAGGAUAUGGACAAAGUAAUCCUCUUAAAACUUAAAAUGCUUAUCACAGCUAUCUAUUAACAUAUAUGUGUUCUUUACGGAAUGUGGAACAUAAGGAUGCGAGUUACAAAUGGGACCUCACAAAUGCGCAUUUGUCUAAAAACUGUUUUAAACAAGUCACUUGUUUUUAUGAAUAUCAUUUUUAAUGUAAGUAAAUAUAGUCUAUUAAAAUAUUUAUUAAUCGUCAAGAUUAGGCUACGUGUAUUGUGUAUUAUAUGAACUGAUAAAAGUAUUUCGUGUUUCAUGUACAAACUGUUUUUGUUUGCUGGUGUAUUGUGACGAAGUAGAAAGGCAAUGUCAAAUAAAAUCUAUUUGGAAAGAAACAGUUCUGUCUUUUAAUUAUUUU